CAGAUCGCCGUGGUACGGCCGCUGCAGUGCGACCUGUAAGAUCACCGCUUCACUUACGUCCAAACAGUUUACGACAGCUGCGCUGCCGGCUGUGGUUGCUACGGCUCCGCCGUCCUGUCGGGAAGCGAAGCGGCGUGCAGCGGGAACUGCGCGAUCGCUGUACGUCCAGCAGAUCCCACCUUGGAAGCCAUGGAGGCGGAACAGGUCAUGGAGGGGCAGCCGCAGGUCCCAGAAAAUCCCCAUUCUGAAUAUGGGCUCACUGAAAACGUAGAGAGGAUAGUGGAAAAUGAGAAGUUAAAUGCAGAGAAAACAUCAAAGCAGAAGGUGGAUCUUCAAUCGUUACCUACACGUGCCUACUUGGAUCAGACUGUUGUACCUAUCUUGCUACAGGGACUUGCUGUUCUUGCAAAAGAGAGACCGCCAAAUCCCAUUGAAUUUCUAGCAGCGUAUCUUUUAAAAAACAAGUCACAAUUUGAGGACCGAAAUUAACUCCAUUACAAUGAGGACAAUUUGGCUGCUAGACUGAAACGCUUAUUUGUUGCAAUCUGUUUUCUGCUGUAAAAAUCCUUUGGAGCCGUAGUGUUGUCUCUCUUAAUCGCACAAUUUGCUUUACCUUUUGGAGUUAUUUAAGGAAGAACACUUUACAUUUUAUUUGUUCACUUGUUUUAAACUAGCUAGUCAGAGUCUUUCAAAAUAAAAUACUGAAACUGCA